GAAAAAGUGUACCUGGCUACUAAAUUCUGCAGCGCUGUUGUGGAGCGUGUUAAUCGGUUUUUAGAUUUUACCUGUAAAAAAUUCGUAUUUUCAUCAUUUAAUAAGUAUUCUGCGAGAAGACUGCUUCUCGAGUUCAGUGCAUUCAAUUGCUGUAAACAGGAUUAUCUAAAAGGCGUUUUCUAGCUACCCGAAAGAGCGAUGGAGGACCGUAGCGGAAUCGAACGCAUCUACGGAGGCUGCGAGGGCCCGGAUGCCAUGUACGUGAAGCUAAUCUCCUCCGAUGGUCACGAAUUCAUUGUCAAGCGGGAACAUGCCCUCACCUCGGGAACGAUCAAGGCCAUGCUCUCCGGACCGGGCCAGUUUGCCGAGAAUGAAGCCAACGAGGUCAACUUCCGAGAAAUACCGUCGCACGUGCUGGAAAAAGUAUGCAUGUACUUCACAUAUAAAGUGCGCUACACCAAUAGCUCUACGGAAAUUCCCGAAUUCCCCAUCGCACCGGAAAUCGCACUGGAACUGCUGAUGGCUGCUAACUUUUUAGACUGUUAGGAACUAUACGAGGGGAGCGUGCGUGAUCGAUCGAGAGAAUAAGCGAAUGGCAGACAGGAAACAGCGGAUUGGGUAUUGGCAUAAGUAACUCGAACAACACUCAUAAAAAUCAAAAGCAUAACCAUUUGUCAUCAAUAUCGUAAGUACAGCUAAGGAGUAAAGAACCACACCAACUCACAAAUGCUGAAGGCGAAUACUCCCACUUUCAUCACGAUGUUGCUUUGACAAACCGAGAAAUAUGUGAAAUGAAUCUAAAGCUAGUUGUAUGCUGUUUGAACAGUGCAUAAAUAUUGGGUGUAGUCGUACAGGUGCUUAGAUGUCUGUUUGACUGCUCUCAACAUUUAGUCCUUACCGCCUUAUCAAGACAGAAUGUUUCGUAAAACGUUUAUUUAGCUUUCACUUGUAUUGCAGAUUGUGCGAAAAAAAAUAUAUGUUUUGCAAACAUGUUCUAGGAUUGUAAGCAUCAUAAUUUAUUCGUUUUGUUGAAAGUUGCAAUCUGGCCGACUAAUCGCUGAGUUUCGGAGCAUUUCCUAAAUUUUUUUAAUGAAAUUGGAAGUACAUUAGCCUGACCACACUUUUGUAAACUAUAUUCAUUUUUCAAGUCAGUAAUCAUUUAGCUUCAAGUGAGUGGUUAUUUCUUUUGUUUCGAUCUUAUGUUAUUAUUUGUUACACCCUUUUAACUACUACUAUUCUAUUCUUAGAAUAUAAAUAAUUAAAACAAUUGGACUGGAGCUGAAUUUGAGUCAAGUAUAUAACCAAUCGCCUUUCUUCAGAGAAGGAGCCACCAACUUGGAAUGUGUAUUUAUCUGAAUGUAUACCGUUUUUUGGUUUCUUGUUUCCCGGGAAAACAUCACUGAAACAAAAAUUCUAUGGUACAGAAAAAAAUAAACCUUUAAAAUAUAAAAAAAAUCAAUACUUUCUUGCAGCACCGUUUAUAAGGGUUUUUUUUUUCUUCGAGAUGUUUCCGGCAAAAGUCUGUUUUUAAUUUUGAUGAAGUUUUAGGAGAACUUGGAAGUAAGAAACCAAAAAAUGGGUGUACAAUUGUUUGACUAAUAAGAAACAAAAUAAAUAUGGGGUACAAUUGGAGACGGAAAAAA